UUGAGCAAUAGCUUCGUGACGAGACCACACACAUAUUUAGUGGCAUGUUCCUUUGAAACAGUAGGACGAGAAAUAAUUGCUUGGGGGUUUUUCGGGCGGGAGAUUGGGGUUUUGUGGGAAUUAGGCAUACUUUUCUUAUAAUUGUAUGCUAAACACUUGAUUUUUAUGUGAAAAUUAAAGUUUUCUCAAAUUUUCCGCUUAGAAAUUAGGGGAUUGUUUGCAAAAAAUCGAUAAAUUUUACCCGAUUUUUCCCUCAAAAAUCCAAUUUUCUUCCGAAAAUCUUCAUUUUCAAUUUCCAGAAUGGUGUUGCUGAUCUUCAAAUCUCAUUCACAGUCGAUUCAAUCUAUUUCGGCAUUGAUGAUUAUGUUCCACUCCACCCAAAACUAGCACCGAUUUCGUCGAACUCGAAUCAAAUUCUGGAGCAAAUGUUGCGCGGUGAGAAAAUUCCGAAAUCGGAUUGGGUCAUCUCGGCUGGCGCUGGCAAUGAUUCGCCACGCGAUUUUCAUGUUCACGGUGUUGUUUUGGCCAAUUCCAGCUAUAUUUUGAGAGCGGCGAUUGAGAAACAUAUGAGUAUUGGGGGCGAUGUUUUGACGAUGGUUUCGCAUGAAAAUCGAAUUGUUUUGCCGAAAUUGCAGUCGAAAGAUAUGAAAGUGGUGAGAUUUUCGGGGAAAUUUGGGAUUUUCUGAUGAAAAAUCAGAUUUUUAACUGAAAUUUGUGAAAUUUUUGUUGAAAACUUUAUGAAAAUUUGAGAUUUUCACCCAAAUUUUGAGAAGAACACGAAUUUUUCAUGAAAACUUCGAAUUUUAAUUGAAAAUCCAAGAAAUUUUGUUGAAAUCUGGAAUUUUCUACGAUUUUCUGAUGAAAAAUCAGAUUUUUAACUGAAAUUUGUGUAAUUUUUGUUGAAAACUUUAGGAAAAUUUGAGAUUUUCAGUGAAAAUUUCAAGUUUUGAUAGCAAAUUUGAGGUUUGACCAUUUUCUGAUGGGAAAUCCCGAAGUUUUGACUUGAAAUUCGAUAUUUUCAGCUAAAUUUGACGGUUUUUCAUCAAAAAUCUGAAAUUUUAACGAUAAAAACAGCUUUCCAACAAAUUUUCUUCAAAAAUUCUGUAAAUUUCAAGAUUUUUGAUUAAAAAUUUCAAAUAUUACAAAUUUCCCGCUUGAAAAAAAGGGGCGUGGCUUCAAAAUUGCAAGCCUGGCACAGUUUUUCCUUCAAAAUCAAAACAAAAAGGGGGCGUGGCUUCAAAUUGCAAGCCUGGCACAGUUUUUCCUUCAAAAUCAAAACAAAAAAGGGGGCGUGGCUUCAAAUUGCAAGCCUGGCACAGUUUUUCCUUCAAAAUCAAAACAAAAAAGGGGGCGUGGCUUCAAAAUUGCAAGCCUGGCACAGUUUUUCCUCCAAAAUCAAAACAAAAAAGGGGGCGUGGCUUCAAAUUGCAAGCCUGGCACAGUUUUUUCUCCAAAACAAAAAAGGGGGCGUGGCUUCAAAUUGCAAGCCUGGCACAGUUUUCCUCCAAAAUCAAAACAAAAAAGGGGGCGUGGCUUCAAAUUGCAAGCCUGGCACACUUUUUCCUCCAAAAUCAAAACAAAAAAGGGGGCGUGGCUUCAAAAUUGCAAGCCUGGCACAGUUUUCCUCCAAAAUCAAAAACAAAAAAGGGGGCGUGGCUUCAAAUUGCAAGCCUGGCACACUUUUUCCUUCAAAAUCAAAACAAAAAAGGGGGCGUGGCUUCAAAAUUGCAAGCCUGGCACAGUUUUUCCUCCAAAAUCAAAACAAAAAAGGGGGCGUGGCUUCAAAUUGCAAGCCUGGCACAGUUUUUUCUCCAAAACAAAAAGGGGGCGUGGCUUCAAAUUGCAAGCCUGGCACAGUUUUCCUCCAAAAUCAAAACAAAAAAGGGGGCGUGGCUUCAAAUUGCAAGCCUGGCACACCUUUUCUUCCAAAAAUCAAAACAAAAAAGGGGGCGUGGCUUCAAAAUUGCAAGCCUGGCACAGUUUUUCCUUCAAAAUCAAAACAAAAAGGGGGCGUGGCUUCAAAUUGCAAGCCUGGCACAGUUUUCCUCGAAAAUCAAAGCAAAAAAGGGGCGUGGCUUUAAAUUGCAAGCCUGGCACAGUUUUCCUCGAAAAUCAAAGCAAAAAAGGGGCGUGGCUUUAAAUUGCAAGCCUGGCACAGUUUUUCCUUCAAAAUCAAAACAAAAAGGGGGCGUGGCUUCAAAUUCCUCCAAAACUCUCUGUUUUCCAGCUUCUCACAUUCAUUUAUCAAAAACGUUUUGCUCUACCCGAUUUCGAUUCAGUUUCCCGUGUUGGCUCAAUUUUGGCUCAUAUUUUCCGUGAAGAAAUUCCCGAAUUUUUUGAGAAUUGGCAAGCUGAAUUGGUCAAAAAAGCGAUGGCUUUGGAUGUAAGAAUUUCCCGCUGAAAAUCGUAAUUUCCAGCAAAAAUGCCCGGAUUUUCAGAGAAAUUUGGGUGCUGAAACGAUUGCGGAAUGUGUGAAAAUGUUGAUUUUUGUGCAUUCUGCUCCGCAAGGUGCUCUUUUGGCUGCCUAUAAUUGUGCACUGAUUGUUGCAGCAGAUUCGCUGCAAAUUGCCGAAAAAUCGAGAAAUUGUGAAAAGAUUUUGAAGAAGGUGAAGAAAUUGAUUGGAUUGGAAUGGCCGAUUAUUGAGAAUAUUUUGGAAAUGUGAGUUUUUUAGCUAAUAUGAGCAAUGUUUUUUGAAAAUUCACUAAAAAUCAAGGUGGCCGAACUUUUGAAAAUCCUAGGUCACGUGGUUUGAAGGCGCGAAAAUUUGAAUUUUCAAAUUUUCCCGCUCAAAAACCAACGUGGCCUAGGUUUUGAGAAUCUUAGGCCACUUGGUUUGAAUUUUUAAUUUACAAAUUUUCCCGCUCAAAAACCAACGUGGCCUAAUUUUUGAAAAUCCUAGGCCACGUAGUUUAAAGGCGCGCAAAAUUUAAAUUUUUAAAAGAAAAAAAUUUAAAUGUUCAAAUUUUCCCGCUAAAACCGAGAUGGCCUAGUUUUUCCAAAAUUUAGGCCGCGUGGUUGAAAGGUGCGAAAAUUUGAAUUUUCAAAAUUUUUAGAAGAAAAACAUUUGAAUUUUCAAACGUUCCCACUCAAAAAACCACGUGGCCUAGGAUUUGAGAAUUCUAGGCCACGUGGUUUGAAGCUGCGAAAAUUCCGAUUCUUGAAUUUUUCAAAAAGAAAUAUUUGAAUUUUCAAACGUUCCCACUCAAAAAACCACGUGACCUAGGUUUUGAAAAUCCUAGGUCACGUGUUUUUUAGCGCGAAAAUUCCGAUUUUUGAAUUAAAAAAAAAAUAGAUAUUUGAAUUUUCAAAUGUUCCCACUCAAAAACCACGUGGCCUAGGAUUUGAGAAUUCUAGGCCACGUGGUUUGAAGGUGCGAAAAUUGAGACUCCGCCUACGCGGAAGCUUGCGGAACAUCCGGAAAUCAAUCAAUAAUGUAUAUUUCCAGCAUCCAAGAUUUCAAAGAAACUGUGUGCGGAGUCGAAAAAUUGCAACUCGUCGAAUAG